CAGGCUAAAAACCAAAAAUACGGUGUAUUGCGGGAGUUGCUGUUCGGUACCGUAACAUGUUUGUCCAUUGCCUUGACUGUUUUAUCGGAUUCGUCCAAGCUGACGAAAACAUCUUGUCCAGAUGAUUUCGGCCUGCAAAGUACCUUGCCGAAGUUCUUUAAGUGUAUGAUGUUGCGUCUGCCCGAUGACACCAUGUUGCAGACCGUCCCAAAAUGUCUCCCUUCCUCUGCUUUCGUUCCUGGAAAAUAUGUUGACGAACAUAUAAUAUGCAGAGUCCCGGAUUGUGGCAAACACCUUUGUAAAAACGGCUGCUGUGAGGAAACAAAAGUAGGCUACAACUGUCACUGCUCAAGUGGGUUUCAAGGGAGACAUUGCGAUGAACAGUCAACAGAAUUAUCGACUACGGACACAACGACCAAGCGUACGACGAGUCCUACGACCACGAUGUCAGACACAACGAUAUCGCAAGAAACCACCACCUCCAAGUCAACAGAAUUAUCGACUACGGACACAACGACCAAGCCUACGACGAGUCCUACGACCACGAUGUCAGACACAACGAUAUCUCAAGAAACCACCACCUCCAAGUCAACAGAAUUAUCGACUACGGACACAACGACCAAGCGUACGACGAGUCCUACGACCACGAUGUCAGACACAACGAUAUCGCAAGAAACCACCACCUCCACCAGGCUUGAUGCAUCUGUCAGCCUUGGUAUGGAUCUUGCUUUGCAGUCCUCUGAGAUGCAGUCAAGCCAUCUUUUGGGUGGACGGCCUCUGGGUCGAUUUCCUGUUACCUUCCUUCCACGGCAAUUUUGGGGUAUCUUGUAG